ACAAUCCGGUCACUGCGCUGCGGUGGGCUUCUAUGGGCCGUUUCCCCACCCCCGUCGGUCAUUGCGGCGCGCGUCCAGAGAAGAAGGUGCAGUGAGUGUCGCCGGUUUCGGUACGAGCCUUCACGACCCAUUCAAGUGAAUUCAAGAAACAGAAAACCUAAAAGCAAGCGGGUAGUGGUGUCGAGCAAAGACGAAGACAAACACGCCGACUCCAAGAAGCCCGAGCUCACUGCCAGCAGCAGCCUCUGCUUGAGCAGCUCGAGCGAAUCGGACAUCCAGCCGGCUCGCAAGCAAAAAAAGAAGCAGGCGUCUUCUUCGAAAGGAUCGAGCGGACAGUCCAGUAACUCCGACUUCAAGCUGUCCAAGAAGGGCAAGCGCGGUCGCAGGGACGCAUCUGCAUCACCCGACUCCGGCAAGGCAAACAAGAUGAAACGCCGUCGCAUCAAGGUGGCCGCCUCCACGGAUGAUGAUAAGAACAGCGACAGCAGUGUCGAGAUUCUCAACUCGAGCCAGGAGACGGGCAGCAGGAGCCGCAAGAACCUCCGAAAGCUCCGGCCACUCGAUGACGAGACGAGGGCGGCAGCCAAGGCGGAGGAGGAACGCAAGAAGAGGGUCCAGGAGCGCCAGAAGCUGUCAUCUCAAGUGGUGCCUUUCAUUGGUAUGGAACCGAUCCAGUCCUCAAGUUGUGGAUUGGGAGCUGCACUUUUGGGUGAAGCCAGCUGCUCACUGAAACCUGCCGAAGAUAUCUAUGUCACCAGAGAUCAGCGUGGGAUUGUGAGCCAUCUGGUUGCCCAUAGUGAUGAGCAGUUCAAGUACCAGCAUCCUUCCUCCCUCCCUGCCUCCCUCCCUCCCUCUGGGUCCGGAGUGCUCAGCAACACUCAAAAGCACGAAAAUGAUAAGCUUUUCAAAUGCAAACUUUGCCCCGAAGCCUUUUUUAGUUAUUCCCAUCUGAUCCGUCAUAAUCGAACACACAGUGGUGAAAAGCCAUUUAAAUGCGAGCUGUGCCUCCAAGCCUUUUCUCAGAAAGGCACUCUGAUCGUCCAUAAUCGAACACACAGUGGUGAAAAGCCAUUUAAGUGUAAGCUGUGCCCCCAAGCCUUUUCCCAGAAAGCCACUCUGAUCAUCCAUAAUCGAACACACAGUGGUGAAAAGCCAUUUAAAUGUAAGCUGUGCCCCCAAGCCUUUUCCCGGAAAGCCACUUUGAUCAUCCAUAAUCGAACACACAGUGGUGAAAAGCCAUUUAAGUGUAAGCUGUGCCCCCAAGCUUUUUCCCAGAAAGGCCAUCUGAUCAGCCAUAAUCUAACACACAGUGGUGAACAGCCAUUUAAGUGUAAGCUGUGCCCCCAAGCCUUUUCUCACAAGUGCAAUCUGAUCCGCCAUAAUCGAACACACAGUGGUGAAAAGCCAUUUAAGUGUAAGCUGUGCCCCCAAGCCUUUUCUGACAAGUCCAAUCUGAUCUGCCAUAAUCGAACACACAGUGGUGAAAAGCCAUUUAAGUGUAAGCUGUGCCCCCAAGCUUUUUCCCGGAAAGCCACUCUGAUCAUCCAUAAUCGAACACACAGUGGUGAAAAGCCAUUUAAGUGUAAGCUGUGCCCCCAAGCCUUUUCCCAGAAAGCCACUCUGAUCCGCCAUAAUCGAACACACAGUGGUGAAAAGCCAUUUAAGUGUAAGCUGUGCCCCCAAGCCUUUUCUCACAAGUGCAAUCUGAUCCGCCAUAAUCGAACACACAGUGGUGAAAAGCCAUUUAAGUGUAAGCUGUGCCCCCAAGCUUUUUCCCAGAAAGGCCAUCUGAUCAGCCAUAAUCGAACACACAGUGGUGAAAAGCCAUUUAAGUGUAAGCUGUGCCCCCAAGCUUUUUCCCAGAAAGGCCAUCUGAUCAGCCAUAAUCGAACACACAGUGGUGAAAAGCCAUUUAAGUGUAAGCUGUGCCCCCAAGCUUUUUCCCAGAAAGGCCAUCUGAUCAGCCAUAAUCUAACACACAGUGGUGAACAGCCAUUUAAGUAAGCUAUGCCCCCAAGCCUUUUCCCGGAAAGCCACUCUGAUCAUCCAUAAUCGAACACAGUGGUGAAAAGCCAUUUAAGUGUAAGCUCUGCCCCCAAGCCUUUUCUGACAAGUCCAAUCUGAUCUGCCAUAAUCGAACACAGUGGUGAAAAGCCAUUUAGGUGUAAGCUGUGCCCUCAAGCCUUUUCCAAGAAAGCCACUCUGAUCAUCCAUAAUCGAACACACAGUGGUGAAAAGCCAUUUAAGUGUAAGCUGUGCCCCCAAGCCUUUUCUGACAAGUCCAAUCUGAUCUGUCAUAAUCGAACACUGGUGAAAAGCCAUUUAAGUGUAAGCUGUGCCCGAAGCCUUUUCCCAGAAAGCCACUCUGAUCAUCCAUAAUCGAACACAGUGGUAAAAAGCCAUUUAAGUGUAAGCUGUGCCCCCAAGCCUUUUCUGACAAGUCCAAUCUGAUCUGCCAUAAUCGAACACAGUGGUGAAAAGCCAUUUAAGUGUAAGCUGUGCCCCAAGCCUUUUCCCAGAAAGCCACUCUGAUCAUCCAUAAUCGAACACACAGUGGUGAAAAGCCAUUUAAGUGUAAGCUGUGCCCCCAAGCCUUUUCUGACAAGUCCAAUCUGAUCUGCCAUAAUCGAACACACAGUGGUGAAAAGCCAUUUAAGUGUAAGCUGUGCCCCCAAGCCUUUUCCCAGAAAGGCAAUCUGAUCAUCCAUAAUCGAACACAGUGGUGAAAAGCCAUUUAGGUGUAAGCUGUGCCCCCAAGCCUUUUCCCAGAAAGCCACUCUGAUCAUCCAUAAUUGAACACAGUGGUGAAAAGCCAUUUAAGUGUAAGCUGUGCCCCCAAGCCUUUUCUGACAAGUCCAAUCUGAUCUGCCAUAAUCGAACACAGUGGUGAAAAGCCAUUUAAGUGUAAGCUGUGCCCCAAGCCUUUUCCCAGAAAGCCACUCUGAUCAUCCAUAAUCGAACACAGUGGUGAAAAGCCAUUUAAGUCUAAGCUGUGCCCCCAAGCCUUUUCUGACAAGUCCAAUCUGAUCUGCCAUAAUCGAACACAGAGUGGUGAAAAGCCAUUUAAGUGUAAGCUGUGCCCCCAAGCCUUUUCCCAGAAAGGCAAUCUGAUCAUCCAUAAUCGAACACACUGGUGAAAAGCCAUUUAAGUGUAAGCUGUGCCCCCAAGCCUUUUCACAGAAAGCCACUCUGAUCAUCCAUAAUCGAACACACAGUGAUGAAAAGCCAUUUAAAGGGACAACGAAGACGAUUUUAUUUAAUUUUUUUAAAUGGUGUUUUUAUGCCUCUUGGGAACAUAGCAUGCUGCCCAAUUUUUUGUAGACAUUUGUGACGCAUAUUUUUGUGCCUACGAAAGAAGUAAAGAAACCGAAACUCAACAAUCUCCGUUCUCGUUUCUGGGCCUCCGAAAACGGAGGUGACGUAGGGAGUGACGUCAGGUGUGAAUAGUCGGUAUCGGUAGCAUUUAGAAGAUCGAGAGUCUGGUUCCCGCGGUGGGUUAUAGCAGCGCGGUGGGGCGGUCGUUCCGCCGAAUCUGUCAACAUCGACGGCAAUGCCGCUUUCGCGAGCGAGUUCGAGCUUCCGUUCAGUGACCGAACACCAACGGAACGGGAGUACGUGUGUGGCGGCCUCUGCCACCACCCGACGGAGACCGCCCAGCCGGCAACCAGCGGCCGGCAUGCCGAAGGACGGACGCGGGGGAGAUGCGGAGGGGAAAGCGGCAGCGAUCCGGCCGUUCCGGGAUCCGGUUUCUCCGCGGAUGUCCUUUUUUCGUCGUCAAAGAACACAAAACUAGCGUCGCCCGAACGAAUACUGGUCUUCAGUCGACCGUUGGAACAGCCAUCUAAGACUACCAUUUUGCAGAAUCCUUCCAGUACCGUGUUGUUUUUUAUUUAUUUUGUUUGCCCAUAGUUCGUUGCCCGCUUCGCGUCCAGCGUAGCAAAGCAAAAAACAAUUAUGCUGCUUUAUUUACGGUUUAGCAAUCAUUUUCGGUCCGAUUUAUACUUUUCAUGGUUAUUCAAGUGGAAAUUAGAACAGUAUUCCUAAAAAAUCGCGAACCAAAACGUGACCGAAGGCACGUUUCUCGUUUCAACCAAUCGCUGACGCGUCUCUUGUGACGUCGCGCUUGGCCCCGAAUCGAUCACGUGAGCUCCGCUUCUCCUGGCUUUUCCCGCAACUCCGGGCGUCGCUCCAGUCGAUCCCGGUACGAUUAUUACCGCGACUGUUUAAUUGAUUUGCGCGGCACAGAAGCGCCGGUUUCGGCUGAAAUUUGGGCAGCGUGACAUGAGACAUGCCUGGAACCCAGUUCAAUCGCCAAAAAGAUGUGUGAAAUUGCCUUCAUUGUCCCUUUAAGUGUAAGCUGUGCCCCCAAGCCUUUUCCCGGAAAGCCACUCUGAUCAUCCAUAAUCGAACACACAGUGGUGAAAAGCCAUUUAAGUGUAAGCUGUGCCCCCAAGCCUUUUCUGACAAGUCCAAUCUGAUCUGCCAUAAUCGAACACAGUGGUGAAAAGCCACUUAAGUGUAAGCUGUGCCCCCAAGCUUUUUCCCAGAAAGCCACUCUGAUCAUCCAUAAUCGAACACAGUGGUGAAAAGCCAUUUAAGUGUAAGCUGUGCCCCCAAGCCUUUUCCCAGAAAGCCACUCUCAUCAUCCAUAAUCGAACACACAGUGGUGAAAAGCCAUUUAAGUGUAAGCUGUGCCCCCAAGCCUUUUCCCAGAAAGCCACUCUCAUCAUCCAUAAUCGAACACACAGUGGUGAAAAGCCAUUUAAGUGUAAGCUGUGCCCCCAAGCCUUUUCCCAGAAAGCCACUCUCAUCAUCCAUAAUCGAACACACAGUGGUGAAAAGCCAUUUAAGUGUAAGCUGUGCCCCCAAGCCUUUUCCCAGAAAGCCACUCUGAUCUGCCAUAAUCGAACACACAGUGGUGAAAAGCCAUUUAAGUGUAAGCUGUGCCCCCAAGCUUUUUCCCAGAAAGGCCAUCUGAUCAUCCAUAAUCGAACACACAGUGGUGAAAAGCCAUUUAAGUGUAAGCUGUGCCCCCAAGCCUUUUCUGACAAGUCCAAUCUGAUCUGCCAUAAUCGAACACAGUGGUGAAAAGCCAUUUAAGUGUAAGCUGUGCCCCAAGCCUUUUCCCAGAAAGUCACUCUGAUCAUCCAUAACCGAACACAGUGGUGAAAAGCCAUUUAAGUGUAAGCUGUGCCCCCAAGCCUUUUCUGACAAGUCCAAUCUGAUCUGCCAUAAUCGAACACAGUGGUGAAAAGCCAUUUAAGUGUAAGCUGUGCCCCAAGCCUUUUCCCAGAAAGCCACUCUGAUCAUCCAUAAUCGAACACAGUGGUGAAAAGCCAUUUAAGUGUAAGCUGUGCCCCCAAGCCUUUUCUGACAAGUCCAAUCUGAUCUGCCAUAAUCGAACACACAGUGGCGAAAAGCCAUUUAAGUGUAAGCUGUGCCCCCAAGCCUUUUCCCAGAAAGGCAAUCUGAUCAUCCAUAAUCGAACACAGUGGUGAAAAGCCAUUUAAGUGUAAGCUGUGCCCCCAAGCCUUUUCCCAGAAAGCCACUCUGAUCAUCCAUAAUCGAACACAGUGGUGAAAAGCCAUUUAAGUGUAAGCUGUGCCCCCAAGCCUUUUCUGACAAGUCCAAUCUGAUCUGCCAUAAUCGAACACAGUGGUGAAAAGCCAUUUAAGUGUAAGCUGUGCCCCAAGCCUUUUCCCAGAAAUCCAUUCUGAUCAGCCAUAAUCGAACACACAGUGGUGAAAUGCCAUUUAAGUGUAAGCUGUGCCCUCAAGCCUUUUCUCGUAAGUCCAGUCUGAUCAUCCAUAAUGGAACACACGGUAAAAAGCCAUUUAAGAAAGCUGUGCCUCCAAGCCUUUUCCCAGAAAGGCCAUCUGAUCAGCCAUAAUCGAACACAGUGGCAAAAAGCCGUUUAAGUGAAAGCUGUGCUUCGAAGGCUUUUUUUCAGAAUUGCAUCAGAUAUGCGAUAAACCAUUUCAGCAAUUAACUCGGUCGGGAACCAAUUUUUGAGUGCACUGCAGUGGUUUGUGCUCCCGACUUGAACCUUGCUAUAUUCGGGGACAACUUUUUUUAUAAUGCAUUUAAAGGUAUCUGCACUGUCAUCUUUGUAAUAAUUUUUGCAUUGUGUAAGGCAUUUGUAUGUAUCUUCAUUUUGAUUUUUUUUUCUUAUUCUUUGUCUAAAAUAAAUUCUGCAAAAGAUAAA